UGAACAUUGCAAACUUGCCUUUAAACAAAUUGGUCCAGCAUGCACACAAUUCAAAAAGUUUCUUGAAAUAAACUAAAAUAAAGAGGCGUUUAUGAAUUGAUCACCCAUUUGUGUGAUGUGCUGGUUUCUGGGGGAAGACAUGGCAACACCUUUCUCUAAUUUGCUGACUUGUGCACUCUGAUGCCCUGUGAGAGCCAUAGGUGCUGACCGGUUCAGCAAAUGACUCACCAACCUAUCUUUCUCCCUCUCUCCUCCAGUCACCGUGGCCAAUGUCAGCAUAACUCGUCCACACAAGCACAUAAAACAGCUGUACACAAACAUACCGCGUUUAAAUGCGAACGUGGGUGUGGAUGUGCACAAUGGAGCUCGUGCACGCACGCUCCGAGCGCUGGGCGCCUUUAAUCAGGCAUUCAUCCUUCAUGGGGUCCAUCAAUCCUUCUGCGCUCAGCUAAGCAGAUGAAUGAAGCCUCAUUGUUCGAGUCAGCACUGUAAUCCAGCGUGAGUUUAGACUGGUGCAUACCUACAGUGUGCUUCACGACAACUAGACACACACAGUGUAAUAUUAGAACAUUAUGUUAGCACAUUGAUCAUACACAGUAUCACUGACCAAUAAGUAGGAUUUCCUGAUUUUGUUUUUGCCACUGGGAUCCUUCAAGAGUUGUAUAAUGCAUUUCGCUUUUAAGCUAUUAUCAUUAGCAAAAGUUGUAAAUUUACUGACUCAAUGAACAGGGUGAAAUUGUUGAAUAUUAGAAUAUUGUUGAAUAUUACUGCAAUUGGCUGGCAACCAGUUCAGGGUGUACCCCGCCUCAUGCCCGAUGAUGGCUGGGAUAGGCUCGAGCACGUCCGCGACCCUAGUGAGGAGAAGCGGAUCAGAAUGGAUGGAUGGAUGUUGAAUAUUACACAGAACAAACAGCUUAAGGCAAAACUAGAAUGCCACUCAGUAAAACACCGAACUCCAGCAAAAUGUGCAGGAUAUUCUCCACACAGAGAAAUUAUCAUUAGCAAAUGUUGUAAAUGUAUUCCUCAAAUGACCAGGGUGAAAUUGUUGAAUAUUCCAAUAUUGUUGAAUAUUAGACACACCAUUAGACAGAUCAGUUGAGCACAGAACUUCACCAGUGUGAAACUCACACGAUUCCUGUAUAUACAGUAUGUACUGUUUAUAUACAGUAUAUGUUCAUAUACUGUACAUUGUACAUUUGAUUGACUUCGCUGCAGACAGCGUGGGAUCAGUUCCCACUGAAUGACAGUGUGAAUGGAAGAGUGAAUGGUUGUCUAAUGAUAAUAUGACUAAAAAAUUAACCUGAUGAAGUACAUGAUCUGGGGUUGUUAUUUUGAUAACAUGGGCAUUAUUCUCCUCAUUACAAACCAGUGAAUUUGUCUUCUAAUGGAGAAAUGAAUGCACAUAAAGGAUUUUCUUUUCUUUUAAAUGGAGCAAAGGUUAUACUUAAAGUAAUGUCCAGGGCACACAGGUCAGGCAGGGAAGCACAAUCCUAUAACAGUAUAUAGAGUAUAUUGGGUGAGUCAUCACCUCUCUGCUGUCACUGCACCAGCAACUGUCAGAGCAUCAAAGCUGAGAGUUCAGCCAAUUAACGAGUAACAUUCCACAACGUACACAAUGCAUUCUCUCCAAGAGUACAUUUCCAUUAGACUCAGCUGAGUAUGGCUUGGGGGUCACAUAUAGUAACAUAUUUUUACCAAUGCAUUUAACAGUUUUUUCAUCCAUCCAUCCAUUUUCUGUACCGCUUCUCCUCACUAGGGUCGCGGGCGUGCUGGAUCCUAUCCCAGCUAUCUUCGGGCGGGAGGCGGGGUACAAACCUGAAAUGGUCGCCAGCCAAUCGCAGGGCACAUAGAAACAAACAAUCAUUCACACUCACAUUCACACCUACGGGCAAUUUGGAGUCUUCAAUUAACCUCCAAGGCAUGUUUCUGGGAUGUGGGAGGAAACCGGAGCACCUGGAGAAAAACCACGCAGGCACGGGGAGAACAUGCAGACUCCACACAGGCAAGGCGGGGAUUUGAACCCCAGUCCUCAGAACUGGGAGGCAAAUGUGCUAACCAGUUGCCAUUUAACAGGAUUAAACAUGCCAACAUUGUGACUCUGGAAGAAAUAUUUGAGAGUAAAUCGCACCUCUACCUUGUCAUGCAACUGGUAUCUGGUGGGGAAUUGUUUGACCGCAUCAUCGAGAAGGGCUUCUACACAGAGAAAGAUGCCAGUAAGCUCAUUCAUCAGAUUCUGGAUGCUGUCAGAUAUCUCCAUGACAUGGGAAUCGUGCACCGAGACCUCAAGCCAGAAAAUCUGCUCUACUACAGCAUGGACGAAGACUCCAAAAUCAUGAUCAGCGACUUUGGUCUGUCUAAAAUCGAGGGCUCGGGCAGCGUGAUGUCCACAGCGUGUGGGACUCCCGGGUAUGUCGCCCCUGAGGUUCUCGCUCAGAAACCCUACAGUAAAGCAGUGGACUGCUGGUCCAUUGGAGUCAUAGCAUACAUUCUGUUGUGCGGUUACCCUCCAUUUUAUGACGAGAACGACGCCAAACUGUUUGAGCAGAUCCUGAAAGCAGAAUACGAGUUUGAUUCGCCAUACUGGGAUGAUAUCUCGGAUUCAGCGAAAGACUUCAUUGUCCAUCUGAUGGAGAAAGACCCCAAUGUACGUUACACCUGCGAGCAGGCCCUGCAGCACCCAUGGAUUGCUGGAGAUACUGCUCUGGACAAGAACAUCCAUGAGUCUGUCAGUGCGCAGAUCAAGAAGAACUUUGCCAAAAGCAAAUGGAAGCAAGCCUUCAACGCUACAGCGGUGGUCCGCCACAUGAGGCGUCUUCAGCUGGGCACCAACCACGAAGGACCCAACCAAGCGACCCUGACGAGCCCGUGCCGAGCUCACCUGCUGAUCCCGGGAGAGGACCCUCAACACGCAGAGUCUUACGGGGAGGCGGGUUGCUCCCAGACACAGGACGGGGAUGGCGUGGACCCUCUGUCCAACUGUACCUACCGCUGCCACCCAGCUAGCCGGGUGUGAUCCCUGAGCUGAUGCACUGCUUUGUCGACCCCAGUGAUUUUUUUCCCCAUUUUUAAACCCCCUGGUGAAAGCGGAGGUAGCGACUCCCUCACACCCCCUCAUGUCUGGUUUGGAAUGAGGCGUCAUUCUAUCCCCUCGCCUGCAGGGGGAGCAAGUCUGUGAAGUCUGGGAAAGAAGGAGAUUGAAAUUCAGAUUCAGAAAAAUAGGGAAGUGGUGAUUGGUGAUUAUGAUGACUAGUUGUCCGAUUAGACGGGUAGUUUGUCCUCACAGAAUAAAGAGUGAAGUUCGGAGGAUUGUUUAUUUCCAAAGCGGGAAAGAGCUGAGACUAUGAUUUUGACACAGCCUGUGUUUGCUGUUGUUGCUACUUGUUUUGUGUUAUUUGUGCAUGAUCAGACGAGAGAGUUCCCGAGCAUGUUUUAUCUUUUUAAAUAUGCCCUCUUUCAAUUGUUGCGGAGGAGGGAGUGUCAUAAGCAAAGCCUUCCCGAGAUCUUUUUGCAGUCUUUUGAAUGUAACAGAGUCCAAUCUAUUAGUACUGCAAAGUCAACACAGAUCUGUCUAUAAAGGGAUGCUUUUAGACUAUCUGUGGCCUUUAUGCAAAACUCCAUCCAUUCCAAUGUAGCUUUUUAUGAGAUGGUAUAUCCUGUAUAUGGUGUUUCCAUGCAGCUGCGGAAAAGGCUUCUCCUUCGCUUCGUUCAACCUCUUGAACCACAUGAGCACAGGGAUCUUAUCUUUGUCUAUGGUGCCUUUAGGGUUUACAGUAUGAUGGGUUUAUUUUGGGUGGGAGCUUCUCAAGAGUGUCUAUUUGGACAAUCCGUUAAUGUUUUAUAUUUAUCGCAUUUUGUAGCUUUUAUAUGUUUUGUUUCCCUCUAGAUUAGUGAAGAAUAUGUUGGUUUUACCAUCUUUUUUUAAAAAUAAAUCUAGCCAAAUUGUAAUUAGACAGGUUUAAUGUUACACAAGCCUGAAGAUAAAGUAUAUAUGAAUGGAUGCAAAAAAUAUACAUAAAUAUAUGCAUCUAACAAUGUGUAGUGUAGUCAUACAUCAUUUGUUUUCCCCUAGUACAUUAUUUUACAGGCAUCCUUUAAAAAGAACUUCAUCAAAGAAUGUCAAUAUGCAUCAUUCUCUCACCACUCUCCUGUCAUGUCUGUGGUUAAGUACUGAAUGAGCUUCUUUUUGUGUUGAUAGCAGAGAGGAGCUUUAAUGCACAUGAUUCUGCAUUGUGAUUCCAUACACGAUUUUCAAACACACCUAAAUUAUACAUCUGAUGUGGUAGUGUGCAAAUCCGUUGUGAGUAGUUGCCGUGAGGUAAGCGCUGGAGACAUCAAGCCAAAAACCCUCCAGAUAAAAAGAAAAAAAAGCAAAAAAAAAGACAAAAAAAAAAAAAGAAAAAACUUAAUGGUGUCGCUUCAAAUGAAAAUGUUUAGGCUUUGUUCAGUCAGAUCAUGUGGUUGUGCUUUUGGACAGUAAUGUAAGAUGUCGACUGUAUUUUACAGAGUUUCCAAGUCUGAAUUGUUCGGAUAACAUGGCGUACGAUUCUGUAGCUCCCAAAAGUACUCAAAUUGUCGAUGGAUGUUUACUUGUUUGACUAUGGGGAAAUUUAACCAAGUAAUCAAUUAAAUGUUUAGAAAAUUUUACUCCGAAUGUUGGUAGUGUUUUUUUUUUGUUUUUUUUUGUUUUGUUUGUUUUUUGCAGGAUGAUCCUCAGCACAUGUUGUCACUCUUCAGACCACAAACUCGUUGAGACUGAAUCAACAGCAAUUAUGGCCUCUGCUGUUACUCCAUUUUGACUCAACUGUUUCAAUUUCAGUUGAGUCAGUUUCAAACCAAAUUCUUAACAAUGAAUUAAUUCACUGAUUAUUUUGGACAUUAUCAGAAGCCUAAAAUGUAUAUUUUAUGACCAUAUGAUGUCCCCUUGUUGUAAAGUGGACCAAAACUUCCUAAAAAUGGAAAGAAAAUCAAACAUUCCUGGUCAAUGAAGUAAAUGAUGAUGACAUGCAUAACCAUAUAGCCAUUACCUCACCACUGAACUCGUGGUAGGAUAUUUUCUUUUUUCUUUCUUUUUUUUUUGUGGGGGGAUACAUACAACAGGGUUGGAAAUACACAAUGUUAUUUCAACUAUUUCUGCUUUUAAUUACAGAAUUAGAAAUGCUCUUCAUUGGGAUAAAGGGAACAUGUUAGUGUGAAGGCUCUCUUCUUUCUUCUCGUUCACUCUUUUUGCUUGUCAAGAUGGAUUUGUCGUGCAAAUGAGUGUUUUUAACCACGAAAAUGUCUUUUUUAAACAGUAUUUUAAACUGUACACAAAGAUGCAAUGCGUCAUGGGCUGUGGAAAAGUGGCUGUAAGUGAAACAUACAUUAAACUCCUUGUCUAUGCAGUA